UCCAUUAUUUCCAAUAAUAAACCUAUAACUACUACCUAUGUUUGCUUGCAUUCCAUUUCAUCAAAGAAGGAAAAAAAUGAGAAAAUCAAUUAGCUGGUGUUUUGUUUUCAUAUGUCUUUUAGUUCCAUUAGUAAGUGCAGAUUGGAACAUAUUGAAGCUAUCACGUAAUGGGUUGAACAUUAGUUUGAAGAAUUAUUGUGAAAGUUGGAGAAUGAAUGUUGAAUUGCGCAACAUUAGAGAUUUUGAAGUUGUGCCUGGAGAAUGCAUUGAAUAUAUUGGAAAGUAUAUGAGGUCUACACAAUAUAAAGUUGAUUCGGAAAGAGCAACUCAAGAGUGUUUGGUUCAUGUUAGCACAAAUUGUAAUUUGAAGAAUGAUGGAAAGGAUGCUUGGAUUUUUGAUAUUGAUGAGACUCUUCUUUCAACUCUUCCUUACUACAAGAACAAUCAAUAUGGGGGAAAUAAAUUGAAUGUGACAUCUCUUGAAGAAUGGAUGAGAAAGGGCAAAGCACCAGCUUUUGAUUAUUCAUUGAAGCUAUUUAAUGAACUUAAAUCAAAAGGUAUUCAAAUAAUUUUAAUCACUGCAAGGAGGGAACAUCUGAGAUCAGCCACAAUUGACAACCUUGUCAAUGUUGGUUACUAUGGUUGGACUAGAAUUUUCUUUAGAGGUGUGGCAGAUGAAUUUGUAUCAGUGCAAAAGUACAAGUCUGAUGUGAGAAAAGAGCUUGUUAGGAAUGAUGGUUAUCGCAUUUGGGGCAUUCUUGGGGACCAAUUUAGUAGCAUUGAGGGGGCUCCAAGUCCUAGAAGGGCAUUCAAACUCCCAAAUCCAAUGUACAAUGUUGCCUAACUAUACUCCACUCCUCUUGUGCAUGAGAUUAUUUCUGUCUUUAAAAUAUUUAUUUGUUUAUAACACUUAAAAUAUUUUGGAUGUAUUGUACUGGUAAUGAUAUAAUAAAGGUUGAAAUAAUUAUUAAUUUGUAGAGUAC